GCGGCCGGGACUCCGCGCCCGAGGCGGGGGCCCUGCCGGCCUGUCCGCCCUGCGGUCCCGGCUGGCGGGGUUCCUGCCGGCGGGGCCCCGCAGGGAGGCCGGGCGCGCCGGUGGCCCCUCGUCCUCUGGGGCUGGGCCUUCCGGGGCUUUGCGCCCCUGGGCAUUGCGGACCCGCUGUUGAAACGUCUGACGUGCCGAGGCGGCGGGGGGCGCCGUGCCGGUCACCGGCGGAGUCAGACUUUGACCCGGCGCGGGCUUCGGUGGUCGCCGUGGACGGGCGCCUAGGAGCUUUGGUUCGAGACAAUUAAAGACGUGGGAUGAGGACGCAGUGACAGGCCACGGUUCUGCUGGGGGAUUCUGAAGAUAGCUGCUUUGAACAGUUGAAUUCAUGGUCGUGGGAGCUGCGCCCAUACUGAGAGAUGGCAGGCGUCCGACCUCCGAUCAUGAACGGGCCCAUGCACCCCCGGCCCCUGGUGGCGCUGCUGGACGGCCGGGACUGCACGGUGGAGAUGCCCAUCCUGAAGGACGUGGCCACCGUGGCCUUCUGUGACGCGCAGUCCACGCAGGAGAUCCACGAGAAGGUCCUGAACGAGGCCGUGGGCGCACUGAUGUACCACACCAUCACGCUGACCAGGGAGGAUCUGGAGAAGUUCAAGGCUCUGCGGAUAAUCGUGCGCAUCGGCAGCGGCUUUGACAACAUCGACAUCAAGUCGGCCGGGGACCUGGGCAUUGCCGUCUGCAAUGUGCCGGCCGCAUCCGUGGAGGAGACCGCCGACUCCACCAUGUGCCACAUCCUCAACCUGUACCGCAGGACCACGUGGCUGCACCAGGCGCUGCGGGAGGGCACGCGCGUCCAGAGCGUUGAGCAGAUCCGGGAGGUGGCUUCCGGAGCUGCCAGGAUCCGCGGGGAGACCCUGGGCGUCAUCGGACUAGGGCGCGUGGGGCAGGCGGUAGCACUGCGGGCCAAGGCCUUCGGCUUCAACGUGCUCUUCUACGACCCCUACCUGGCGGACGGCACGGAGCGGGCGCUGGGGCUGCAGCGGGUCAGCACGCUGCAGGACCUGCUCUUCCACAGCGACUGCGUGACCCUGCACUGCGGCCUCAACGAGCACAACCACCACCUCAUCAACGACUUCACCGUCAAGCAGAUGAGACAAGGGGCUUUCCUGGUGAACACGGCCCGGGGAGGCCUGGUGGACGAGAAGGCGCUGGCCCAGGCCCUGAAGGAGGGGCGGAUCCGCGGCGCGGCCCUGGACGUGCACGAGUCAGAGCCCUUCAGCUUUAGCCAGGGCCCCUUGAAGGACGCGCCCAACCUGAUCUGCACCCCGCAUGCGGCCUGGUACAGCGAGCAGGCCUCCAUCGAGAUGCGUGAGGAGGCGGCCAGGGAGAUCCGGAGAGCCAUCACAGGCCGGAUCCCCGACAGCCUGAAGAACUGCGUCAACAAAGACCACCUGGCAGCCGCCACCCACUGGGCCAGCGUGGACCCCGCCGUGGUACACCCUGAGCUCAAUGGGGCGGCGUACAGCAGGUACCCCCCGGGCGUGGUAGGCGUGGCACCCAGCGGCAUCCCGGCCGCCGUGGAGGGCAUCGUCCCCAGCGCGAUGUCCCUGUCCCACGGCCUGCCCCCCGUCUCCCACCCUCCCCACGCCCCUUCUCCCGGCCAAACCGUCAAGCCCGAGGCGGAUAGAGACCAUGCGAGCGACCAGUUGUAGCCGGGGCGGAGCUCUGCAGCCGGGGCGCUGGCCGAGCCCUGGACGGGCGUGUGCAGGCGCGGUGCCCGCGGUGGCCCGGUCUCCGGAAGCGGGCCGGGGGCCGGGGCUGAGCUGGCGCCGCUGCCCGCAUCGACUGUAGUUGUCCCGUCCCGAGGGCCGGCCGCGCCCCGCGUCCUCCGCGUCCUCCGCGUCCUCGUUAAGCAGCAGAAGUUAGUAGUUCACUCUCCCCGAAUGUCCUUGUCUGUGUACAGUCUCUAGAACAUCACAGGUGUGUUUGCUCAGCUGUCGGCAGGAGAGCCGGGGCGGCCAAGGCGCUGCUCCCGGCCGUUCCUCCUGCGUGAGGAGCGCCCUAGACAGGCAGUUGGCAAACUUCUCAGGACAAUGAAUCCUUCCCGUUUUUCUUUUUACGCCACACAGUGCAUUGUUUUUUCUACCUGCUUGUCUUAUUUUUAGAAUAAUUUAGAAAAACAGAACCAAGGCUGUCUUUCCUAACUUUGGCAUGAUCCCCUUGUUUCCAACGAAGACGGCAUCAUGAGGCAGCUGGGUGGGAGCGCGCGGCCUCCAUCCAGCCACGGGUGCAGCACCCGGCCCGCGGUGCCGUCCUGCUGAUGUGGUAGGCUAGCAAUAUUUUGGUUAAAAUCAUGUUUGUGACCGUAACCAUUUGUAUGAAUUAUUUUAAAGAAAUAAAAGUCCCAGAAAGA